CAACAACGAUUAGCGAAAAUCGCUCGUGUGCAGCUUAUGGCAACCCCUCUCUGUAUCCUAGCAACUGAUGUGUUGUUGCUCAGCUUAGUUAGCGAGCUCUAACGUUAGCUAUUGCUGGGCCACAGACAGUGAAUAGUUGAACUUAAUACGGACAUUAAUUUGCACUUUUCUUCGGUAAGCAAACUGUUCUGUUUACCGGGUAAGUUAAACUAUCAUAAUUCACAACCACAGAUGUUGGAAGUUUAACGUAAGUUACUCGUAUACGAGAUAAGCGAUGGAGAACGUGCAUCUUGUCCCAGAGGAAGAGGAUGAUGAUUUGUAUACAGGCUACAAUGAUUACAAUCCGACUUUUGACUCAGAGGAUCUUCACAACGAUGUGGGUUUUCAGCAGGCCGUCAGGACGAGUCAUGGCAGAAGACCACCAAUGACCGCAAAAUAUCCUGGCACUGCUAUUGGAGGGCGACCGAUUGGAACAGCGUAUGGGUCUCGGAUGCCUGUUGGCACUGCAAUGGGAAGGCCUAUGACUGGAGCUGUUCAGGACGGUGCGGCUCGUCCCAUGACUGCAGUGCGGGCAGCAGGAUAUUCUUCAUCUAUAGCUAGAGGCUCAGUGUUUGAUCCACUGGGACAAUCAAAAGGACCAGCCCCUCCAUUAGAGAGACAGAACGAAGACACUCCAGAGGAAAAGAUAAAGAUCCUGGAAAAGAAGGUGAAUGAUUUGAUAGAGGAGAGCUGUCUCGCUCAUGCUCAUGGGGAUCUUCAGCUGUCUCUAGAGAAAGCCAAAGAGGCGGGCAGGAAGGAAAGGGCUCUGGUGAGACAGAGAGAACAAACAGGCACUGCAGACCACAUCAAUCUGGAUCUUACCUACUCUGUAUUGUUUAAUUUAGCAAACCAAUAUGCCAGUAAUGACAUGUACACUGAAGCUUUGAACACAUACCAAGUCAUUGUGAAGAACAAAAUGUUCAAUAAUGCCGGUCGAUUGAAAGUAAACAUGGCAAAUAUCUAUUUCAAGCAAAAGAAUUACACAAAAGCUAUCAAAUUUUACCGCAUGGCUUUGGAUCAGAUCUCAAAUGCCCACAAUGCAAUGAGGAUCAAGAUCAUGCAGAACAUUGGAGUUGUGUUCAUACAUAUGGGCCAGUACUCAGAUGCCAUCACAUCCUUUGAGUACAUCAUGAGUGAGAAUCCCAACAUAAAGACAGGCUUCAACCUCAUCCUGUGCUACUAUGCCAUCGGAGACCGUGAGAGGAUGAAGAAAGCUUUUCAAAAACUAAUUUGCGUGCCCCUCGGUAUUGAUGAUGAAGACAAGUAUAUCCCUGCAAAUGAUGACCCUCAUGCAAACAUGGUGAUUGAGGCAAUAAAGAAUGAUAAGCUUCACCAAAUGGAAAGGGAUAGGAAAGCACUAGCAGAAAAAUACAUUAUGACCUCAGCCAAGCUUAUUGCUCCAGCCAUUGAGUCGUCAUUUGCAGCUGGGUUUGACUGGUGUGUGGACAUGGUGAAGGGUUCACAAUACGUGGAGCUUGCAAAUGACUUGGAGAUCAAUAAAGCUAUUACGUACUUAAGACAGAGGGACUUCAAACAGGCAGUGGAGACGCUAAAGAUGUUUGAGAAGAAGGACAGUCGAGUAAAAAGUGCUGCUGCCACUAAUCUGUCUUUUCUCUACUUUUUGGAAAAAGAUUAUGACCAGGCUGACCGUUAUGCUGAGCUAGCCAUGACCGCCGACCGCUACAACCCUGCUGCCCUCAUUAACAAAGGCAACACAGUGUUUGUGAAAGAGGACUAUGAGAAAGCAGCAGAGUUUUAUAAGGAGGCUCUUCGCAAUGACUCAUCCUGUACUGAAGCUCUCUAUAACUUAGGUUUGACCUAUAAAAGGUUGGGUAGGCUGGAGGAAGCCCUGGAUUGCUUCCUCAAACUGCACGCUAUCCUCAGAAACAGUGCUCAGGUCAUGUACCAGCUGGCUAAUUUAUAUGAGAUGUUGGAGGACCCUCAUCAGGCCAUUGAGUGGCUGAUGCAGCUCACCAGUGUGACCCCCACAGAUGCCCAGGUGCUGGCCAAACUGGGAGACCUCUAUGACAAUGAGGGAGACAAAUCUCAGGCCUUCCAGUACUAUUAUGAGUCGUACAGGUAUUUUCCCUCAAACAUUAGUGUCAUUGAAUGGUUGGGAGCAUAUUACAUCGACACCCAGUUCUGUGAGAAAGCUAUUCAGUACUUUGAGAGAGCUACCCUUAUUCAACCAACACAGGUCAAGUGGCAGCUGAUGGUGGCUAGCUGUUACAGGAGAAGUGGGAAUUAUCAAAAGGCACUCGAGACCUACAAGGACAUUCAUCGGAAAUUUCCUGAAAAUGUUGAAUGUCUACGCUUCCUGGUCAGGCUGUGCACUGAUAUGGGACUAAAAGAGGUGCAGGAUUAUGCCACCAAACUGAAGAAAGUUGAAAAAAUGAAGGAGAUCAGAGAGCAGAGGGUGCGAUCUGGGAGGGAGAGCAGUGCUCGAGGGCGCAGGGAAGGCAGCGCUGGCAGUGGAAAUACAUCAAACCUUACACACACUCCCCCUAAGAAACCCAGCGGGAGCAGCUCAAGCCCCAUCAAUACCCCUCCUCUGAGAGCCAGUGUUUCUCGCUCUGAAGCUAAGUAUAGUCCUGUGCUGCAGCAGGGCAGAGACAGUGGACAAAGCAACCAUGGCACCAGCGCCAAGGGUGAGAGGCUUAGCGUUAAACUAAAAACUCUUCCCGGGUCCAAUGAGCCGUAUGAGGCCAGCACUCAGCAGGAAAUAGAUGCAUCUUAUGUCGAUCCGUUGGGGCCUCAAAUGCAGAGACCAAAAACAGCAGCAAGGAAACGCACAGAGGAAGAUGAGUUUGCUGAUGAAGAGCUGGGAGAUGACUUACUGCCUGAGUGAUGUGUGCAACAGAGAUCAAUUCAGUGGAAAGUCUAAUAUAUAUCCAGAUACUAAAACUGUCUGCAUUUUCAGCUCAACUAAUAGCACUGAAGUUUAAAAAUACUUCAUUACAUCCUUCGUUAUGCUUUACUAUAUUUUAUAAUAGCAAUGCAUUGUAUAUAUAUUUGCAUUUAGGAAAAAAUGGUCAUCUUAUUUCAUCCAUUUUGUACAUUAAAAUGUAAAGAUUUUUCUGUAUGACUACACCAUAAAACCUGGAUAACAUGAAGUUAAAGACGUGCAUGUUUUGUAAGUCUGAAAUAUGAAAUCAGUUUUAUAUAUA